AUGCCGAUCGAAGAAGAAGAGGUGUCUAAAGAUGUAGAGGCUGCAGAAACAUUACUGAUUAUGAAAAGCUCAAAGCCAACGAGGGAAGAGUAUCAGAGACUUCGGUUAUGUAUGCUUAAUCAUGCGGAGUGGAGAAUGUCUUUUCGAAGAAACGAAAGCUCGAGUUCGACGACGAUUGCUACUGGUUCUUCUACCGUCAUGGAGCUUACGCAUAAAGAAGAAGACCUUAAUGACACUAGAAACUUACAUAAUCUCCCUCCUUCUAUGUUUUCUCUCAUAUUAGAACGACAAUCUAAGAAGGCAGAAGGCAGUACAAAACCUUAUAAGUUUCCCAAGGUAAGAAACCCGACGCCAGAGUGGCUUAUCAGGUUGAUGAGAGAAAAGAACGAUGGAGACGAGGAAGACAAUUCAAAGAAGAUUAUAGAUAAAGCAUUGACAGCAAGCGAUGUGGAUGCAAAGAAAAAUCGUCUCUCGAUACCUAUCAGCAACAUUGUGGAGUUGGAUUUCUUGAACCACGCGGAAGAACUUAUCAUUGAAACUGAUGCCAAUAAGCUUCCUAAAUGGUUAAAGAUUUUAGUCUAG